AUGUUCAUCCCGGAUUUCAGUUGCCAUCCGCCUGCGGAGAAGGUGGAAGAGGAGAAGGUUGAUAUUCGCUGCUUGUGUCAAAAGCCGGCGGACGGUGAGACUGUGGGGAGAACCACCGUAAGGAUCAGCCUCGCGAAGAGCAGUACUGGUGCUGCGGAGAGUGAAGAAGUGGAAAGUGGUCCUUCGAAGGGGGUUCGAGUGAGGAGCGAUACGGCGGGAGAUCGUUCUGCAGAGAGCGAUUAUGGUACUGGGUCGGAAGACGAAGAUGAAAAAACAGCCACGUGCCCAGACCGCAGCUUUUCUACAUAUGGCUUUGACUCAUAUCACACGGAUGCGAUUGACCCUCAUCGCAUCAUAAUUGCUGACACAAGGGAGGCCGGAGUCAAAUCGCAACAUCUGCACAACUGCCAGGUUAGCUCUCUGGUACACGAGAUGGGCCACACUAUGGGCUUGCUGCACGAGCACCAACGUCCUGACCGGGAUCAUUUUAUGAAAGUCGACUGCACAAAGUUGAAAAGCUACAAGGAAGCAGAGACACUAGUGAUGCAGCCAGAGUAUGCUCGUGACUGGGAAGAUGAGCCUGAGUUGCAUGAGAGAAUGGCUCGCGUGUGUUCGGAGUCAGGUCCCGCUAGAAAGUACUUACCUAUGGCUGCCACUAUGAUUAAAUGCCGGCCAUCUGCAACGAAUGAUCCCAAAGGCUGGGUGCUAGAUCCCGACUUGUUCAAUUUCGGGAGUAUCAUGAUCUACGGCUCAACAAACCUGGGCGAAGAUAGCGAUGUCACGAGACCCCCAAUGGUAAGGAAGUUUCCUUCCGGAUACAGGACUAAAGCCACGGUCGAAUCAGGAGACGGCGCUAAGGUCAUCUUGGAUGAGCACUUUUUCGAAGGCGGCAGUGCGAGAGUGGUGGCACAGAAGGAUGCUGCAGCCGCCUUAACGCCUGCCGAUAUGUGGAAACCAAUGCAUACAAGUGAGAUGAUCGGUAAUCCAGCAUGGGGUCAUCAAAUCCUCGAGGCUAUUGGGCCCAAAUGGAUCGAGCCUACCAUUCCUGACGUAGUCAAUGAGGAAUUGGUACCCACAGUGCCGCCAAGUCAGAGAUGGUCAAAGAUGUUUCCAGGAUGUUGCGAAGAGGACCUCGAUGAGGAAUGUGCAGUGGUAGACAUGGCGAAAGUAUUAGCCGAAGCAUCGUGUGGCAAGGGGCCGGAUAGCUCUGACAAGGAAACAAGUCAUGCAGGCGCCACAGGCCAGAUCAAGCAUGACACACAGCCCAGCGAUAGCCAUUUGACCGGAUCUACCGAAAACCACGGUGCUGCAACGGAAAGGAUCGCUAGCAGUAAGUCCGAUGAGUCUACUGCUGUCGGCUCUGGCAGCAGCGACGGCUUAAAAAUCAGCUGCACGGGCAAAGGCGAAUUGGCGUCCGACAGUUCCAAGGCCGAAACCACUUCGUAG